AUGGCUAAUAUUUUGUCUAAUAUUGUCAGCUACGAAACUGAUACAGAAAAUAACGAGUUCGAAAAAGACGACGAGCAACCAAUUUGUGGCAUCAUAAUCGAGGAAAUAAAGAGUAAAAGUGUGGAUGAUGAAGAGAAGCGAAAAAUGAUUGAACUCUUGCAACGAUUCGAACGAGAAGGUGAUGAAAUGGCGGCAGAAGAAAUGAUGGAUGAGGCUGACGAGGAGGUUGAAAAUAACGAGGAUUUGACUGAAAGAUUUAAAAAUUUGGAUAUCGAGUCGGUUUCUUUUGAGACGAUAUGGAGUCGUUUAAAUGCACGCGAGAGAGAAAAAAUAGAACAAGAAUUCGAGAAAAUUUCCCGAACGGGCAAAAUGGGAGAUUUAACGACAGAAAUUGCUUCAGAGAUAAAAUUAUGGCAACCUUGGUGGGUAACCACACAAGGUGAUACAAUGCAGUCAACCAAAAUACAGAGUUUAGAAGGGGAAGAAGAAACAAGAAGGAAUUCGCAUGAACUGUCAAUUCUUGAAAAUAUUCAACCGUUGGAAGAAUUGACGAAAACUCCGCCAGAUCCAGCUAUCGUAUUCCAUUUGGUGAAUAUUUUAUUCGCGUAUGCUCAUACAUGUCGAUAUUUGAACGGAGAGAUCUUCGAGGAUUCACAAGGAACUUGUCAUAUUCUCUGGGAUUUAUCCUCGAGUUUGUCUUCGAAAACAACUUUUGUCUAUGAAAAUGUAUCUGAGGCUAUCUCAGAGAAUUUGCGGACUAUUGCUGAGAAACCCAAAUAUACGCAAUCACCCGAAUUCAUGAUAACUGUGCUCAAAGACUUGAUGGAUAUCCUUACGUCUGCUAACAACGUCCUUAAAGCUCUUACUGAUCUUCAUGAUCUUUUUCAUAAUAUUAGUUCUACAAGUCCUGAUACUGCUGCUGUUAAUACUUCUCUAACCCAAAAGAAUCAGCAAUCGCGCAGAGAAAGAAAACAAGCUUUUCUCUCAGAGAAGAAAAUCUAUUUCUAUUUGGUCUACGUCAAUUCUGUAUUGAAAGAAAAUAUCGAGCUCUUGGAAGGACUCAAGUACGCCGUGGAGCUGGAUCGACAUACGCGUAGACGAGAGUUGCAAGAAUUCUGCAAAGGAAAAGCAAUAAUGGAGCAAUAUUUAAGAGGUGGCAAAAGGGAACAAGCAAAAGAUAAUUUGAUUGAAGUGCUUACUUACCAAUCUUCUUCCAAAGAAUAA